UCGCCGACGACAAGGCUGACGGGCCGCCGAAGGGAUGGCAGGCGAUGGCGCGCACCGCCGUGAACCGCAGCGCCGGCCGCUGCGAAUCCUUCCGCGGCCGCGCCGACGGCUAUUUCCUGCUCUACCUCGCCGACAGGGCGCCAUUGCUGCGGAGCCUCCACUUGACGAGCAGGUUCGACAUGAUGAGCCACCUCGGGGGGGAUAAGCUGGUGGCGGCCAUGGCGAAGCUCCGCCUGCUGGAGCGGCUCGUGCUGUCGGAAGGCAACGUCGAUGUGCCCUCGUUGCUGGAUCUCCUGGAGGAGGAGGACCACUGCCCGCGCCUCGAGCUGCUAGACGCCAGCGGCUGCCACUUCUUCGGUCCGGCCGAAUAUAUGGAACGAGCUAGGCUGGCGGGGAGCAGGAUCAAGGAUCUCCGGCUGCCGCUCCGGGGUGUUCGCUUCGCAUCCGGAGUCAUAGCGUGCCGGCGUCGUCCUGCCAGGGAUCAACGCCACUAGCGAUCGACCGCCAGGGAUUUGGUUUUCGGUUUGAGUUAUUAUUAUUUUUACAAAUCCACGGUACUUAUUUUAGGACAGAAUGAGUACAUAAUUUUGGUAGUUUCAAACUUUUGCUUAAAAUUUAACUUACUAUUUGAAAAUUGGCUUAGAAGAAGAAGGAUACAUGUGGGACCCCAUUUGCAAUUCCGCACAUUACACUCCUUCCCCAUAUAACAAAAAACCAAUUUUAAUGAAGGUCAGGACAUUUAUAUUGUUGUGGAGUUUUGUCCUCGCCUUUUUAGAAGUGUCCAUCUAAUCUAAUGUACACAAAUGUAAUAAACAUGCAUAUAUAAUUCACGUCACUUAUUUUAGGACGGAUCGAGUACAUGAUUUUGAUAGUUUCAAACUUUUGCUUAAAAUUUAACUUACUAUUUGAAAAUUGGCUUAGAAUUGAAGAAGGAUAUAUAUGGGACCCCAUUUGCAAUCCGCACAUUAGACUCCUUCGUCCCCGUAUAACAAAAAAAACAAUUUUAUUGAAGGUCAGGACGUUUAUAUUUAUUGUGGUGGAUUUUUGUCCUCAUCACCUGUUUCGAAGUGUAAAUCUAAUGUACAAAAAUGUAAUGAACAUGCAUAUAUAAUUCCAUAACACACAUACGUACGAGUAAAUUUUGCGUACAAAAUAUUAAUGUUAUCGUGCGUACGUGACCUGUAAAAACACAAA